UAACUUUAUUAAAUUAGAUUGAGAUUUUCAACUCAUAUACAAUAUGUGAUGCUGCUUAUGGUUUGAUAUUUGAAAUGAAUAUUUACAUUGUUUGUACUACUUCAUUAUAUUUUUUUGUUAAAAAAAUAUAUUGGAUAUGUGAUGAAGGGUGUACAUAUUAGCUUAGUUUUAUAAUUGAUAUGUUAACAAUCUUGUUUUUAUUGAAGAUUACAGUCAUGGUGCAUAAUCACUUCAAGUCAAUUUCCUUAGACUCAUAUAUUCAAAUAGAUCUUAUAAUAGUGUUUGGGUAAUGAUAUUUUUAUUAAAAUUUGCUUUCUAUUAGCGUUUUUAGGUGGAUCGACUGUCCAAUUAGCCAAGCUCAACCCUUAUACACUCUAUUUCUUGGAUUCCAUGGCACGGACAAAAGUACCAAGCAUUAGAGAUUCACAACAACCGAUUCAACGACGGUUGAUUAUUCACGAAUCUAGUCCGGAGUCGUGCUCGAAAUCAUCGGAUUCUAGUGUGCCACCAACACCUCCAGCAAACACAACAAUGACUCAAUCUAAUAAUGAGGUACAUAAUGAAGAAGAGUCAGUGACAUGUUCUAAGAAACAAUCAGAAUCACAUGUUGAUGAACAAUCAAAUUCUUCCUCUGUGCCACGACAGAAUACACUUCCAAUUCCUCGAUUGAAGCCUAUAUUAGAGGAGAAUGAACACUUUGAGUGCAAGAUAGGUGUAAAAAGUAAAGUGGAUGAUGUCACAAAACUUAUCAAUGAUGUACUAAAGAAUGACCCGACCAACUUAAAAUUGUUCAAGGAAUCUCCACUCGGCCACUUUCUUGAACUUAAGAACUAUGAACAUUCAAAUCAAGUGAUGUGGUUAUUACUCAUUUAAGAAGCCGACUAUGAUAGAGAAUCAGAGAUGUGGUUUGUUGUUAAUGAGGUACCGAUCUGAUUCUCGUUGAUGGAGAAUGCAUUAAUAUCUGGGCUAAAAUGCUCAGAAUAUCCAAAAGGUUGGAAAAGUCAAGUUAAGUCAAACACAUUUAGAGACAGACACUUUCGUGGGAAAACAAUAGUUAGCAUUGACGAUGUGAAGGCCAAAUUUACACAAAUGUCCAACCCAAACCAAAAUAAAAAAAGGUCAAAGGAGUGUAAAUGUAUAGCCAAGCUCUACUCAUAUCAGUUGAGUCAUAUUGUAAAGGUUCUACCAAACUCAACCAUGUAUAGUCGAGCUCUACUCAUGUCAAUCAAGCCAUAUAAUAAAGGCUCUCAAAACUCAACCAUGUAUAGUCACAUUGAUUAAGAUUCAAUUAUUCUUAUCAAACACAUUGUCACGUCUUCUAUCUACUAUAUAUA